ACCGGGAACAUUUACUGACACAAGAGAGAGAAAAAAAAGUCCGAGCAGCACAACCAGAGGAUUAUACUUGGAGGAACUCCUAAGCGUGCUUCACCGGACCCUUUUUCCAGUUUAUUAAGCGAGUGUUGCGGGACUGAAGGAAUUGGGAGACUCUUGUGAAGUGUGUUAUCUUGGAGACCUCUCUGCUCUUGUGAAUAUCCCCUGCGAAAUGCAAACGUUUGGGAAACCCUAGAAAAUGGGGGAAUUGCUCUGCCGCUUCUGAGGCACGACGGUGAAAGGCAGCGACGUGAAUUCCCAAGGGAUUGUCUUGUUUUCUCCAUGGAUCUUGAUGUAGGUGUCGCCCGAUGACCGCGUGAGCUCUUAGCCAAUCAGCAGCAGCGUCAGGACCAGAGGAGAGAGCGCCAACCGCCAGAUCAUGGACCGCACUUCCAGAUGGGUGUCGCCCCGCGCCGUGGGAGCCCUGCACCUCCUGCUGCUAGCCAGACUGGUGCUGCCGUCCCACACCGAAAGCAUGCCCAGCUUCAUCAAGUCCCCCGAUGACCAGAUAGGGAUUUCGGGAGGAGUGGCGUCGUUCGUAUGCCAGGCGGUCGGCGAGCCCAAACCUCGCAUCACCUGGAUGAAGAAGGGGAAGAAAGUCAGCUCUCAGCGCUUUGAGGUGAUCGAGUUUGAUGACGGCUCGGGCUCGGUGCUGCGGAUUCAGCCCCUGAGGACGCACCGGGACGAAGCCAUCUACGAGUGCACCGCCACCAACAGCGUGGGAGAGAUCAACACCAGCGCCAAGCUCACCGUUCUGGAGGAGGACCAGAUCCCACAUGGCUUCCCCACCAUAGAUAUGGGCCCUCAGCUGAAGGUAGUGGAGAGGACUCGCACUGCCACCAUGCUGUGUGCCGCCAGUGGAAACCCAGACCCGGAGAUCUCCUGGUUCAAAGACUUCCUGCCUGUGGACAUCAACAGCAGCAACGGGCGGAUAAAACAGCUCCGCUCAGGAGCGCUUCAGAUUGAGAACAGCGAGGAGUCGGACCAGGGCAAGUACGAGUGCGUGGCGGUCAACAGCGCCGGGACUCGCUACUCGGCUCCGGCUAACCUUUACGUUCGAGUUCGCCGUGUGCCUCCCCGCUUCUCCAUCCCCCCCACCAAUCACGAGGUGAUGCCCGGCGGCAGCGUCAACCUGACCUGCGUGGCGGUCGGCGCUCCCAUGCCGUACGUGAAGUGGAUGAGCGGCGUGGAGGAGCUGACCAAGGAGGAGGAGAUGCCCGUGGGCCGCAACGUGCUGGAGCUCACCAACAUCCGCCAGUCGGCCAACUACACCUGCGUGGCCAUUUCCUCCCUCGGCAUGAUCGAGACCACCGCCCAGAUCACAGUCAAAGCCUUGCCCAAGCCGCCCGCUUCCCUCAUCGUGACAGAAACCACAGCCACCAGCGUCACCCUGACCUGGGACUCGGGCAACGCAGAACCCGUGUCCUACUACGUGAUCCAGUACCGCUCCAAGCUGUCCGACAACGGCUUCCAGGAAGUAGAUGGGGUCGCCACCACCCGAUACAGCAUCGGUGGCCUCAGCCCCUUCUCCGAGUAUGAGUUUCGUGUCAUGGCUGUCAACAACAUCGGCCGUGGCCCUCCCAGCGGCACCGUCGACACCCGCACCAGCGAGCAGGCGCCCUCCUCGCCCCCCCUACACGUCCAGGCUCGCAUGCUGAGCUCCAGCACCAUGCUGGUCCAGUGGGAGCCUCCGGAGGAGCCCAACGGGCAGAUCAGAGGCUACCGGGUCUACUACAGCUCCGAGCACGACGCCCCGCUCAGCGCCUGGCAGAAACACAACACAGACGACAGCCGGCUCACCACCAUCUCAGGCCUGACCACAGACAUCACCUACAGCCUGAGGGUGCUGGGCUUCACCUCUGUCGGCGAUGGGCCUCCUUCUGACGUGCUGCAGGUCAAGACGCAGCAAGGAGUUCCAGCUCAGCCGUCUGGUUUCGAGGCGGAGGCCGAGCUGGACUCGCGCAUCAUGCUGUCGUGGCUUUGGCCCGUCCAGGACCCCAUCAUCAGCUUUGAACUGGUGUACUGGGAGGCCAACAACGCCGGGGACAAGCAUCGUGUCACUUUCAACCCAGCAGGCUCCUACGCUGUUGACGGUCUGAAGCCGGAUACCCUCUACAUGUUCUCCCUGGCAGCGCGGUCGGACAUGGGUUUAGGAGUCUUUACUCAGGCCAUCGAGGCCCGGACAGCCCAGUCCACCCCAUCGGCCCCUCCCCAGGAGGUGCGUUUGCUGAGCCUCAGCUCCACCAGCAUCCAGGUGAGUUGGGUGGCGCCCCCUGCAGGCAGCCGCCAUGGGGACAUAGUGCGCUACUCCCUGGCCUACCAGGCGCUAACAGGGGAAGACACGGAGCGACACCAAGUGUCAGGAAUUGGUGCCAAUGUGACCAGCUACGUGCUGGACGACCUGGAGAAGUGGACUGAGUAUGAGGUGUGGGUGAGGGCGCACACUGAUGUGGGGCCUGGCCCAGAGAGCCCCGCUGCCCGCAUCCGAACCAAGGAGGAUGUGCCCGGAGCUCCUCCCAGGAAGGUGGAGGCCGAGGCUCUGAACUCCACGGCCCUCAGGGUGAGCUGGAAGCCUCCUCUGUCUGUGAAGCAGCACGGCCAGAUCAGAGGCUACCAGCUGGUCUACUCCAGGCUGGAGAACGGGGAGCCUCACGGCCAGCCGCUCAUCGUGGAUGUUUCCCUCCCCGAAGCCCAGUGGAGUGAUGAGGACUCGACGGACUACGAGGCCAUCAUAACCGGUCUGCUUCCAGAGACCACCUACUCUGUGACUGUGGCUGCUUAUACCACCAAGGGGGAUGGAGCGCGCAGCAAGGCCAAGGUGGUCACCACAACAGGAGCAGUUCCUGGAAAGCCCACCAUGAUGAUCAGCACCACCAUCGGGAACACGGCCCUCAUCCAGUGGCAGCCCCCCAAGGAGAUGGUGGGGGAGCACAUGGGAUACCAGCUGCAGUUCAAGAGAGCCGAGGAGGAGGCCUUCACCGUCAAAGACUUCAAGAAGCACGACGACCACUUCACCGUCACCGGGCUGCACAAGGGCGCCACCUACAUCUUCAAGCUGUGCGCCAAAAACCGCGCGGGCAACGGGGAGGAGUACGUGAAGGAGAUCACCACGCCCGACGACAUUCCCAGCAGCUACCCCCAGAAUCUGACCGUGGUGGGUCUGACCACCACCUCCACCAAGCUGUCCUGGGACCCGCCUCCCCUGGCCGAGAGGAACGGCAGGAUCGUCCAGUACGUCGUCGUGUACCGGGACAUCAACAGCCAGCAGAACAAGACCAACAGCACCACGGAGACGCACAUGACCAUCCAGGGUUUGCAGCCCGACACCACCUACGACAUCCGGGUCCGAGCUUUCACCAGCAAGGGAGGGGGACCCAUCAGCCCCAGCAUCCAGAGUCGGACCAUGUCCACCUCCAUGCCAGAGUUCACCAAAAACUUUGGUGUGAAAGCCGUGAUGAAAACCUCCGUGUUGCUGACUUGGGAAGUGCCAGAAACCUUCAAAUCUCAAGUGCCUUUCAAGAUCCUGUACAACCAGCAGAGCGUGGAGGUGCACGGCAACCUGAAGAGGAAGCUGAUCACGCGGCUGCAGCCCGACACAGAUUACUCCUUCGUGCUGAUGAGUCGGGGGAACAGCGCCGGCGGCCUCCAGCAGCAGGUCUCCAUCCGCACCGCCCCGGACCUGCUCAAGACCAAACCGGCUCGAUACCAGCACGACCCGGAGGAGGGAGGCAAACUCACCAUCCGCCUGCCCCGGGUCCCAGCGGGCACCCCAGUCAGGUGGUACUACAUCGUGGUGGUUCCUGUCACCCCGGCUUCUCUGAGGAGGUGGGAGAACCCUGAGGAUAUGGAUAUUGAUGAGCUGCUGGAGGCCGGCGCCGGCAGCAGCCUGAACAGAAAGAGGAGGCAGACCCAGGACUUCCUGCAGCCCUACAUCGCCGCCAAGCUGGACGUCCUGCCUGAGAUCUUCACGCUGGGCGACGAGAAGAAAUACAACGGCUACUACAACAAGCCGCUCCCCGGGCAGCAGCAGUACCGCUGCUUCGUCCUGGCCGACCUGAAGAACCACGAGUCGCAGAGGACGUUUGCAGCCAGCCCGUACUCCGACCCCAUCACGGUGAAGCUCCACAGCGGAAUGGCUCGGCACACCGAGGACCCGGAGAUGCUGUGGGUGAUGGGUCCAGUGCUGGCCGUGGUCCUCAUCAUCAUCAUCGUCAUCGCUAUCCUGCUCUUUAAGAGCAAACAAGAAAGGAAACGAGCUUCUCCUUCAGCCAAGGACGAGCACAUGGCGGGGGUCAAGGACUCGCUGCUGGCCCACUCCUCCGACCCCGUGGAGAUGAGAAGACUCAACUAUCAGACACAAGGGAUGAGGGAGCAUCCUCCCAUCUCUACCUGCGACCUGGCAGACCACAUAGAGCGACUCAAGGCCAACGACGGCUUGCACUUCUCUCAGGAGUAUGAGUCCAUUGAUCCAGGGCAGCAGUUCACAUGGGAGCACUCCAACCUGGAGGUCAACAAGCCAAAGAAUCGCUAUGCAAACGUUAUCGCCUACGACCACUCCAGGGUGAUCCUCACGCCUGUAGACGGCGUUCCAGGCAGCGACUACAUCAACGCCAACUACAUCGACGGCUACAGGAAGCAGAACGCCUACAUCGCCACCCAGGGGCCGCUGCCGGAAACGCUGAGCGACUUCUGGAGGAUGGUGUGGGAGCAGCGGACCAGCACCAUCGUCAUGAUGACCCGCCUAGAGGAGAAGUCACGGGUGAAGUGUGACCAGUACUGGCCCAGUCGAGGCACAGAGACAUACGGGAUGAUCCAGGUGACCAUGUUGGACACGGUGGAGCUGGCCACCUACAGCGUGCGCACCUUCGCCCUCUAUAAGAACGGCUCCAGUGAGAAGAGGGAGGUCAGACAGUUCCAGUUCAUGGCCUGGCCUGACCACGGCGUGCCUGAGUAUCCCACCCCAACACUGGCCUUUCUGCGCAGAGUGAAGGCCUGCAACCCCCCAGACGCCGGGCCCAUGGUGGUCCACUGCAGUGCCGGUGUGGGCCGGACGGGCUGCUUCAUCGUCAUCGAAGCCAUGCUAGAGAGGAUGAAACACGAGAAGUCCGUGGACAUUUACGGCCACGUGACGUGUAUGCGAGCCCAGAGGAACUACAUGGUCCAGACGGAGGACCAGUACAUCUUCAUCCACGAGGCGCUGAUGGAGGCCGCAACAUGCGGCAACACAGAGGUCCCCGCCCGCAACCUGUACGCCCACAUCCAGAAACUGACCCAGAUCCCUCCCGGAGACACCGUCACCGCCAUGGAGCUGGAGUUCAAGAAACUGGCCAACUCUAAAGCACAUACCUCAAGAUUCAUCAGUGCCAACCUGCCGUGUAACAAAUUCAAGAACCGACUGGUGAACAUCAUGCCUUUCGAGUCCACCCGUGUCUGCCUGCAGCCAAUCAGAGGAGUCGAGGGCUCCGACUACAUCAACGCCAGUUUCAUUGAUGGAUACAGGCAACAGAAAGCAUACAUGGCCACCCAGGGCCCGUUACCCGAGACCACAGAGGACUUCUGGAGAAUGUUAUGGGAGCACAACUCCACCAUCGUAGUCAUGCUCACCAAACUCCGUGAGAUGGGACGGGAAAAGUGCCAUCAGUACUGGCCUGCUGAGCGCUCCGCUCGGUACCAGUACUUUGUUGUGGACCCCAUGGCCGAGUACAACAUGCCUCAGUACAUCCUGAGAGAGUUCAAGGUCACAGACGCCAGGGAUGGUCAGUCAAGGACCAUCAGGCAGUUUCAGUUCACCGACUGGCCGGAGCAAGGUGUGCCAAAAACCGGGGAGGGCUUCAUCGACUUCAUUGGCCAAGUUCAUAAAACCAAGGAGCAGUUCGGGCAAGAUGGACCAAUCACUGUGCACUGCAGUGCCGGUGUGGGUCGGACCGGUGUGUUCAUCACGCUGAGCAUCGUGCUGGAGAGGAUGAGGUACGAGGGCGUGGUCGACCUCUUCCAGACCGUCAAGACUCUGAGAACUCAGAGACCAGCCAUGGUGCAGACGGAGGAUCAGUACCAGCUGUGCUACCGGGCUGCCCUGGAGUACCUGGGAAGCUUUGAUCACUAUGCAACAUAACCCCACCUGCAGAGGAGUCGGGUGUCCCUCUGAGCCAUAUCCACUCUGCUCCAUCAGUCCCGAGGAGCCGGGACCCGCAGGACUGAUGAGGAGGUGAUGCCAGGAGGACGCAGGGGAGGUGACAGGAGAGGAGAAGAGGAACGACAGCACAUCUCUGCCUGGAUGGGCUCCUCCUGGACUCGUACCACGAACCUGCUCUGGACCCGACGCCAAAACCUCCCCAAACCGCCCCUUGCCCCCCGCCCCGCCCCCGCCAGACUGUCAGUAUGCCUCAUCCUCAUUCUCUGACUGAAUACUCCCAUUUCUCCCUGAUUUCUGCCUCCUCCUACUAGCAAAAAUUAUUUUUUUCUGCUCUUUUCAUUUAUAUGCAUUAUUACUAUGUUGCUAUGAAUAUUUAGAAUUUAUUUUGUAAUCAUUUACACUGGUUAUUAUACGUCUUAAUGGGUCUUAUUUUGAAAUUUACUUAUCUUCUUUUUUAUUUUAUUUUAUUUUAUUUUUUGUAUUAGCACAAAGGACAUGUAUUUUCAACAUGCUCCGAGUUAUUAAUACUGGAGAGCGCCUACUCAGAGCUGCUAAUGAUUUUAUUUUCUACCAUAGAUAUGAUAUUAUAAUGUUAUCAUUACUCAGUUGGUCUUCUUUAGUGGGACAUGUGGGACAAAGUUUUACAAGUCUUUCGACUUCCUGUCUUGAUAUCCAACAGAAUGAUUAUAUCUACCAAACAGAUCAAACAAAUAAACAGAUAAAGUUUGUGAACUAUUAAAUAAACCUAUGGCUAUAAACACGCAUAGACUAUUGACAUUUGAAAAGCUACUUCCAUGUACAGAUUCUGAGUUUCUUGUCCAUAACUGUUGAGUAAUUUUUCUCAAUGCCUGUUGUUCAAAGACCUUCAGACUCACAGCAAAAGAAAUAUUAAACUCCUGGGAAGGCUGUGUGUCCUGCAGGAGCAGCAGCACAGCUGUCAUCUCCCUCGCUGACAUGGACUCAGGUACAGUAGACGAAACACAAACAGCCUGUUAUCUCCAAAUUUCAGGAAAUGAGCACAAUGCCUUAAAAUGCAAAUAUGUGCUGCUGCGAGCGUGAAAAGGUGAGAGGAAUACGUUUUCCCACCGUGAAACGAGUAUGUGAAGGAGACGCGGUGCUGAGGGUGUGGUGAAAUGUGUGGAGGUCAGGUGUGUGUGUGUGUGUGUGUGUGUGUGUGUGUGUAUAUACCAAGGAAAGUCAUGUUCUGUUGUUUCUGCUAUGUCGGUUAUGCUCUAAUGUUUUCGCAUUUAGAAGAAAAGAAGGUAGAAAAUCUCGGAAGUAACUGAGCAAAAUAUGUUUAGGUCCCAGCACAGGCCUGAUUUCAUACCCACAAACUAACAACAGGCAACCAACAUAAAAUCAAAACCAAACACAGGAGACUGUGGUUCGUCUGGUUUUC